AUGAAGAAAUGGCACCCGCAAAGCCGCCGCUUGUUCGGCGCCAAGCUACGGCCGAGAUCUAUGAUAAUAAUUGUCUUUGCUAUGCUUGCUGCCUACUACCUCCUGUUUGCGCCCAGCACCAGUAUCCAGGUGGUCCCUUCCAACUCAAACGUCCCAGCUUCGCCGCCGCCACCCGCUACUGGAAAUGGAGAGCCUGAUACCGAAGAUCAAUACGGCGCCAUUCAUCGAGAACUCUGGGAACUCACGGCUCAGGACCUCAAGGACUGGCACGAUCCCACCGAUGGCGAGGACCCCAAUGAUAUCGAGCCUGGAUUUGAGACUGAUGGAAAGGACCGAGGUUUUGGAGAUCUGGGCAAGCUCCAACAUGAGAAGGAUAUGAGAAAAGAAUGGAGACACGCUUAUUCUGUCACUUCUAACUUCCCCCACUCGAAUCUCAUCUAUGGAAAGACCUUGGCGAAUUUGGAAAACCAGGAGGCUCGGCCCGAAGAAUUCAGCGUUGAUCUCAAGUUUGACCCAGAUGCCGACGUAGAAUACAGCUCUGAAAAGCCGGUUCGCUAUGACCCUUACCCCAAGUACAACAGUGCCGCAUGGAAAGACGCCGGGUACGCCCAGUACUUUCCUUGCAAAGGCGCAACUGGGGAACCCGUCGAGGAUCUGCUUGUAUUCAAAGGUCGGCCUCGUGAAUGGCCCCUGCCUCGAUUUGGUAGCUACGAUGCUUUGAAUAUGGAUCCUAACCUCUGCUGGGAGCGUGAGACUCGGCUUGGCCCCUAUGGGCUGCAUCGCCAAUUCAAAAAGGUUGGCGGCGAACCGCAGCCACUCAACUUCGAUAACGUCAACUGGGGGGACCUCCAACGAAUGUGCCUCCACAAAAAUGCCCAGCGGUUUGAUAUGAACCGAGAGCGUGUCAACGAAUACCUUAACAUGUAUCCUGAAACGGUCAUUGGCCCACAAUUACCGGAGGAGCCUCAACAAGUCCAAGAGCCUGCUCCGGCACGAAUGGCAAAGCGAGAAGCUCCUCUGGAGCCAGAACCCAAGAGUACCCCAGUCUCGACGAACCCAGGCAUUCAGCCUGCCUUGACCAACCCUGAAGCUAUCAGCCAGGUCGCAAGUCCACAGAAACACCCAAGAAGCCCCAGGAACCCAACAACCGGCUAUUUUUCAGAGCCUCGAACUGCUAUCCUUCUUCGAUCUUACACUGGCAAGGACUACACAGAAAACGACAAACAGAAUAUUCGUUCACUAAUAUCUGAACUGUCUCUAAAGACAGGCGGCCAGUACGAGGUCUUUCUGCUUGUGCAAGUCAAGGAUACAAACCUCCGCAUCUUUGAGGACGACGAUGUCUACCAGACUGUCCUCUCGCAGAGCGUUCCUCCUGAGUUCCGCAGUAUGACAAUUCUCUGGAAUGAUGACAUUGUUUGGAAGCUCUAUCCAAAAUUGACAGACCCCGAAUCGAAGAACGUCCAUACUGCACAGUGGCUUUCUGUCCAGAAAUUUAGUCAGGACUACCCGCAGUUCGAUUUUGUCUGGAACUGGGAGAUGGAUUUCCGGUUCACUGGUCAUCACUACCACCUCUUGGAUAAGCUUGGAGAAUUCGCCAAGAAGCAGCCUCGAAAAGGCAUGUGGGAGAGAAACGAGCGAUGGUAUAUCCCGACAUUCCACGGAGGUUAUGACGACGAGUUUCGCCAGGACAUUGAGAAACGGUACGGCGACAAUACUAUUUGGGGCGCCCCUGAAUUUUCUUUUAUCAAUCCCAUUGGGCCCAAGCCUCCUGUUUCGAGUCCCAGCCAGGACAACUACGAAUGGGGGGUUGGUGAAGAGGCCGAUGUUGUCACUGUCUCUCCCAUGUUCAACCCUAUUAACAGCAACUGGGUUAUUGCUAAUCAAGUUUGGGGCUACAAUGACUCAACUCACAAGUCGCAAGAUAUUCCCAGGCGAACCACAAUCGUCACUCAGUCUCGAGUGUCGAAGAAGCUACUGAACAUCAUGCACGUUGAGAAUCUUCGUGGCAACCAUGUCGCUUCCGAGAUGACGCCACAAACAGUCGCUCUCCUACACGGCCUCAAGGCAGUCUAUGCUCCUCAUCCGGUUUUCAUGGACCGUGACUGGAAGGGCAAAUUUCUCAACAAGUGGUUCAACCCUGGCGAGAAUGGAGAAUGUGGCGGCCGCGGAAGCCCUAUGGGCUGGGGACGAGAGCGAAGAUAUAUUGGUUCCACUUGGUACUACCGGGCGAUACCUCCCAACCGGCUGUACAACAAUUGGAUGGGCUGGCAUGAUACAGGUAUCGGUGGCCCGCAGUGGGAAGAGAAGCACGGACGGCCAUGCUUACCCCCAAUUAUGCUUCACCAAGUCAAGAAUACGGAGCCAACCAGUGAUAAUCAUGAAACUACCUUUGAGUUAGCUUACGGGUAA